CGAUUACUUUUUUUUUUUUUAUACUUCAUUAUUUUUUUAUAUCUUAACAAAGCAUGGGCAAGUGGACGGACAAACUCUAUAUUACACAUUCAGAAUGGAGUGGAGAAGUAGGCCAACAUUCAGCAUCUUCUGGUACGAUGGGACGAAAAGGAACAGCAGGAUUUAAACGACUUCCUUUUUAUUGUUGCUCUUUAUCACUACAACCUUUUGAUCAUCCUGUGUGUACAUCUGAAGGCAUCGUAUUUGAUCUUGUACAUAUCAUACCUUAUAUCAAGAAAUAUGGAACAAAUCCUGUCACUGGGGCUAAACUUCAUACCAAAGAUUUGAUCAAGUUACAUUUCCACAAGAACGAAAAAGGUGAAUUCUAUUGUCCUGUGACCUUCAAAACAUUUUCUGAUCAUACCGCCAUUGCUGCUAUAAAGACCACUGGCAACGUGUACGCUUAUGAUACCAUUGAACGACUGAAUAUCAAAGCUAAACAUUGGAAAGAUUUAAUGACUGACGAACCUUUUACUCGAAAGGAUAUCAUUAUGAUUCAGGAUCCACACAAUUUAGAAAACAGAGAUAUGUCCAACUUUCAUUAUCUCAAUAAUAAUCUAAAGGUGGUGAAUAAGGCAGAAGAAGCAGAAAAACGUAAACCAAUCAACAAUAUCAAUGUGGCAGGCAUGGGUGGUACAGCUGGACGGAUCUAUGCCGAAUUGGAAAAGAAGAAAGAAAAGGAAGCUAUCAAGGAUGCACCCAAUGUCUCAUAUCAUCAACCUAUCAAGAAAAAUACUCCCUACAACGCAGCUCACUUUUCUACUGGAGCUGCCGCACAGUCUUUUACCUCCACCGCAGUCGAACGAGUUACUGUCAAUGAAAAAGCUUUGAUCAAUGAAGAUGAAUAUAUGUACAAAAAAAUUAAAACCAAGGCUUAUGUACGGAUCAUUACCAAUCUUGGUAACUUGAAUAUUGAAUUGUAUAGCGAUAAAGUACCUCGAACAUGUUAUAAUUUUAUCAUGCUUGCGAAAACAGGUUAUUAUGAAAAUGUCAUCUUUCAUCGAAGUAUCAAGAAUUUUAUGAUUCAAGGUGGUGAUCCAACUGGUACAGGAAAAGGAGGUGAAUCAUAUUUUAAACAAGAAUUUCCGGAUGAAAUCAAAUCAACAUUAUCACAUGACGAUCGAGGCAUUCUCAGUAUGGCUAAUCAUGGGAAAGACACCAACGGAUCACAAUUUUUCAUCACCUAUCGACCUUGUACACAUUUAGAUCGGCAACAUACCAUAUUUGGACGAGUGGUUGGUGGAAUGGAAGUACUGAACAAGAUGGAAUCUAUCAGUGUGGAUGAUAAUGAUCGACCAGAACGGGAUAUUCGAAUCAAGCAAGUGGAUGUUUUAGUAGAUCCUUAUCAAGUAUAUAAAGAACGAUUGGCAAGCAAACUGGAAAAGGAAGCCAAUGCGGCUGCAAUCUUGGCUGAAAAAGAACGAAAAGAAGCCAAGGUGAACAGUAUGGGAUGGUUUGGACCCAAUGUGACUAAAGGACAACAAAGUAAAACAACUUCUGGUGGUGGUGUAGGCAAAUACCUUCAAAAUGUAACAAGGAAAAGGGAAACUACUUUGGAUGAUAGCUUGGGUAGUGACAGUAAAAAGAUCAAGACAACUUCGAAAGGUUAUGGAAAUUUUGACAAUUUUUAGACAUAGAUUAUUCUUUGUUUAUUGAUCAUAAAUAAUAAAAAUGAUGUGUGUGAUAGAUGUA